AUAGCCACAUGAACAGAAGACAGAUAGACGGACCGGGGGCUCGCAGAGGCCCUGGGUGAAGCGGAAAAACGGAACAGCGCACGACAAGAGUGCAGUUUUCAGGACCCCAGAGAAAGGAGACUAACCGCCUCGCGCCAGGAUGCAGGGUCUGAGCUCACGAGCCCACGCUUUCUCGGUGGAAGCGUUGGUCGGUAAAACGAUAAAGAGGAUGAAGAAGGAGAACGGGAAGGACUCGAGCUCACCGGGAGACACAGAGACGGAGACAAGCUCUGUUCGACAUGAGACAUACGAGCACGAUUACCCAAACGACCAGAGGAGGAAGGCUGGUAACACGCCAAGAAGGCUGGGAGAGUGCGACUCUGAGCCGGGGAGAGAAGAAAGGACAAGGACGGGAGAUAGUGACUCUAACCCGGGUAGAGAGGAGAGAGAGGUCCGGGUGGAGCUCCAGGGAUCGGAUCUGUGGACCAGGUUCCAUGAGAUCGGGACAGAGAUGAUUAUUACCAAAGCCGGCAGGAGGAUGUUCCCGUCCUUGCGAGUAAAGGUGCGUAACUUGGACCCGUGCCAGCAGUACUACAUCGCCAUGGACGUUUUGCCCGUCGACUCCAAACGAUACAGGUAUGUGUACCACAGCUCUCAGUGGAUGGUGGCAGGAAAUACGGACCACUCCUGCAUCGCGCCGCGCUUGUACAUGCACCCGGACUCCCCGUGCGUGGGCGAGACGUGGAUGCGUCAGGUGAUCAGCUUCGAUCGGGUCAAACUGACCAAUAACGAGAUGGAGGACAAGGGACACAUCAUUCUACAGUCAAUGCAUAAGUACAAGCCUCGCGUCCAUGUGAUCCGCCACAACCCCCGGCUGGACCUAUCAAAAAUCCCCUCGCUGCCCACUGAGGGUAUGGCCAGCUUCUCCUUCCCAGAGACAGAGUUCACCACCGUGACAGCCUAUCAGAACCAACAGAUCACCAAAUUGAAGAUUGACAGGAACCCAUUCGCUAAGGGCUUCAGAGACCCAGGACGGAACAGGGGCGUGUUGGACGGCCUCAUGGAGUCCUAUCCCUGGAGUCUGGAAUUCAAACCAUUUACUCUACAGCUACAAGGAGGUAGCUGUGGGUCUCCAAGCAACUGCACUUCUCCUCUGAAGAGCCUUGUCCCUCUCUCCUGUCCUCUGACCUCUCACCCCUUCACCCUCUCCUCCUUCUCCUGCCCCGACACCAGCCUGCACUCCUUUUGUCUUCCCCUCUGCUGCAAGACCUCCCCCUUCUCCCCCAUUUCCCCCCUGCCGGCCAGACCCUCCCCUUCCCCCCGACGCUACUCCCCCCUGCCACCCCUCCUCUCGGCCCUGCCAGGGAAGAAGGCUCCAGGCUUCAGUGCUCUGUGUCUUCAGGGGGGCAUUCCCGGACAUCCUCCCAGCCUGCAGCCACACCCCCUACAGGCCCCUCCCUCUCACAGCUCCCCGCGGGGACCCGGCCCUCACUACCCUCUCCGCUCCCACGCAGAACCAGCCCCCCCGUACUGUCUGUACCACUCCAGUCUACCCAGAAACGCUCACUUCACUGCUUUCUCAUGCCAUGCCAAACUGGCUGACAGCACCACAGACUGUCUGCUACGCCAGACACCCUGGAACACCACCAUCAACCACUGCCUCUGACCUCUAACCCCUGACCCUUCCUUACCCUUACCCUAACCUAGCAAUAACAAGUAGCCCUUAUCCUGGAAACCAUAGCGCCGAGGUAGAUGUAUCAGACCAUCAUCUACUAGAGCUGUAUCAGACCAUGAUCUAAUGGAGCUGUAUCAGACCAUCAUCUACUAGAGCUGUAUCAGACCACCAUCAUCUACUAGAGCUGUAUCAGACCACCAUCAUCUACUAGAGAUGUAUCAGACCAACAUCUACGAGAGUUGUAUCAGACCAUCAUCUACUAGAGCUGUAUCAGACCAUCAUCUAAUAAAGCUGUGUCAGACCACCAUCAUAUACUGGAGCUGUAUCAGACCAUCAUCUACUAGAGCUGUAUCUGACCACCAUCUACUAGAGCUGUAUCAGACCAUCAUCUACUAGAGCUGUAUCAGACCACCAUCAUCUACUAGAGAUGUAUCAGACCAACAUCUACGAGAGCUGUAUCAGACCAUCAUCUACUAGAGCUGUAUCAGACCAUCAUCUAAUAAAGCUGUGUCAGACCACCAUCAUAUACUGGAGCUGUAUCAGACCAUCAUCUACUAGAGCUGUAUCUGACCACCAUCUACUAGAGCUGUAUCAGACCAUUGUCUACUAGAGCUGUAUCAGACCACCAUCAUCUACUAAAGUUGUGUCAGAUCACAAUCAUCUACUAGAGCUGAAUCAGACCACCUUCUACUAGAGCUGUAUCUGACCACCAUCAUCUACUAGAGCUGUAUCUGACCACCACCAUCUACUAGAUCUGUAUCUGACCAUUGUCUACUAGAGCUGUAUCAGACCACCAUCAUCUACUAAAGUUGUGUCAGAUCACAAUCAUCUACUAGAGCUGUAUCAGACCAUCAUCUACUAGAGCUGUAUCAGACCAUCAUCUACUAGAGCUGUAUCAGACCAUCAUCUACUAGAGCUGUAUCAGACCACCAUCAUCUACUAGAGCUGUAUCAGACCACCAUCAUCUACUAGAGAUGUAUCAGACCAUCAUCUACUAGAGCUGUAUCAGACCAUUAUCUACUAAAGCUGUGUCAGACCACCAUCAUAUACUAGAGCUGUAUCAGACCAUCAUCUACUAGAGCUGGUUCAGACCACCAUCAUCUACUAGAGCUGUAUCUGACCACCAUCUACUAGAGCUGUAUCAGACCACCAUCUACUAGAGCUGUAUCAGACCACCAUCUACUAAAGUUGUAUCAGACCACCAUCAUCUACUAGAUCUGUAUCUGACCAUUGUCUACUAGAGCUGUAUCAGACCACCAUCAUCUACUAAAGUUGUGUCAGAUCACCAUCAUCUACUAGAGCUGAAUCAGACCAUCAUCUACUAGAGCUGUAUCAGAUCAUCAUCUACUAGAGGUGUAUCAGACCAUCAUCAUCUACUAGAGCUGUAUCAGACCAUCAUCAUCUACUAGAGGUGUAUCAGACCACCAUCAUCUACUAGAGCUGUAUCAGACCAUCAUCAUCUACUAGAGCUGUAUCAGACCACCAUCUACUAGAGCUGUAUCAGACCACCAUCUACUAGAGCUGUAUCAGACCAUCAUCUACUAGAGCUGUAUCAGACCAUCAUCAUCUACUAGAGCUGUAUCAGACCACCAUAAUCUACUUGAGCUGUAUCAGACCAUCAUCUACUAGAGGUGUAUCGGACCACCAUCAUCUACAAGAGCUGUAUCAGACCAUCAUCAUCUACUAGAGCUGUAUCAGACCACCAUAAUCUACUAGAGCUGUAUCAGACCACCAUAAUCUACUAGAGCUGUAUCAGACCAUCAUCAUCUACUAGAGCUGUAUCAGACCACCAUAAUCUACUAGAGCUGUAUCAGACCAUCAUCAUCUACUAGAGCUGUAUCAGACCACCAUCAUCUACUAGAGUUGUAUCAGACCACCAUCAUCUACUAGAGAUGUAUCAGACCAUCAUCUACUAGAGCUGUAUCAGACCAUCAUCUACUAAAGCUGUGUCAGACCAACAUCUACUUGAGCUGUAUCAGACCAUCAUCUACUAGAGCUGUAUCAGACCAUCAUCUACUAAAGCUGUGUCAGACCGCCAUCAUAUACUAGAGCUCUAUCAGACCAUCAUCUACUAGAGCUGUGUCAGACAACCAUCAUCUACUAGAGCUUUAUCAGACCACCAUCAUCUACUAGAGCUGUAUCAGACCAUCAUCUACUAGAGCUGUAUCAGACCACCAUCAUCUACUAGAUCUGUAUCAGACCACCAUCUACUAGAGCUGUAUCUGACCACCAUCUACUAGAGCUGUAUCAGACCACCAUCAUCUACUAGAGCUGUAUCAGACCAUCAUCUACUAGAGGUGUAGCAGACCAUCAUCAUCCACAAGAGCUGUAUCAGACCAUCAUCAUCUACUAGAGGUGUAUCAGACCACCAUCAUCUACUAGAGCUGUAUCAGACCAUCAUCAUCUACUAGAGCUGUAUCAGACCACCAUAAUCUACUAGAGCUGUAUCAGACCAUCAUCUACUAGAGGUGUAUCAGACCAUCAUCAUCCACAAGAGCUGUAUCAGACCAUCAUCAUCUACUAGAGGUGUAUCAGACCACCAUCAUCUACUAGAGCUGUAUCAGACCAUCAUCAUCUACUAGAGCUGUAUCAGACCACCAUAAUCUACUAGAGCUGUAUCAGACCAUCAUCUACUAGAGGUGUAUCAGACCAUCAUCAUCCACAAAAGCUGUAUCAGACCAUCAUCAUCUACUAGAGGUGUAUCAGACCACCAUCAUCUACUAGAGCUGUAUCAGACCACCAUCAUCUACGAGAGCUGUAUCAGACCACCAUCUACUAGAGCUGUAUCUGACCAUCAUCUACUAGAGCUGUAUCAGACCAUCAUCUACUAAAGCUGUAUCAGACCAUCAUCUACUAAAGCUGUGUCAGACCACCAUCAUCUACUAGAGCUGUAUCUGACCAUCAUCUACUAGAGCUGUAUCAGACCACCAUCAUCUACUAGAACUGUAUCAGACCAUCAUCUACUAGAGCUGUAACAGACCACCAUCAACUACUAGAACUGUAUCUGACCAUCAUCUACUAGAGCUGUAUCAGACCACCUUCUACUAGAGCUGUAUCUGACCACCACCAUCUACUAGAUCUGUAUCUGACCAUUGUCUACAAGAGCUGUAUCAGACCACCAUCAUCUACUAAAGUUGUGUCAGAUCACAAUCAUCUACUAGAGCUGUAUCAGACCAUCAUCAUCUACUAGAUCUGUAUCUGACCAUUGUCUACUAGAGCUGUAUCAGACCACCAUCAUCUACUAGAUCUGUAUCUGACCAUUGUCUACUAGAGCUGUAUCAGACCACCAUCAUCUACUAAAGUUGUGUCAGAUCACAAUCAUCUACUAGAGCUGUAUCAGACCAUCAUCUACUAGAGCUGUAUCAGACCAUCAUCUAAUGGAGCUGUAUCAGACCAUCAUCUACUAGAGCUGUAUCAGACCACCAUCAUCUACUAGAGCUGUAUCAGACCACCAUCAUCUACUAGAGAUGUAUCAGACCAACAUCUACGAGAGCUGUAUCAGACCAUCAUCUACUAGAGCUGUAUCAGACCAUCAUCUACUAAAGCUGUGUCAGACCACCAUCAUAUACUAGAGCUGUAUCAGACCACCAUCAUCUACUAGAGCUGGUUCAGACCACCAUCAUCUACUAGAUCUGUAUCAGACCACCAUCUACUAGAGCUGUAUCAGACCACCAUCUACUAGAGCUGUAUCAGACCACCAUCAUCUACUUGAUCUGUAUCAGACCACCAUCUACUAGAGCUGUAUCAGACCACCAUCAUCUACUAGAUCUGUAUCUGACCAUUGUCUACUAGAGCUGUAUCAGACCACCAUCAUCUACUAGAGGUGUAUCAGACCACCAUCUACUAGAGCUGUAUCUGACCACCAUCAUCUACUAGAGCUUUAUCUGACCACCAUCAUCUACUAGAGCUGUAUCAGACCAUCAUCUACUAGAGCUGUAUCAGACCAUCAUCUACUAGAGCUGUAUCAGACCAUCAUCUACUAGAGCUGUAUCUGACCACCAUCUACUAAAACUGUGUCAGACCACCAUCAUCUACUAGAGCUGUAUCAGACCACCAUCAUCUACUAGAACUGUAUCAGACCAUCAUCUACUAGAGCUGUAUCAGACCACCAUCAACUACUAGAUCUGUAUCAGACCACCAUCUACUAGAGCUGUAUCUGACCACCAUCAUCUACUAGAGCUGUAUCAGACCACCAUCAUCUACUAUAUCUGUAUCAGACCACCAUCUACUAGAGCUGUAUCUGACCACCACCAUCUACUAGAGGUGUAUCAGACCAUCAUCAUCUACUAAAGCUGUAUCUGACCAUCAUCUACUAGAGCUGUAUCAGACCACCAUCUACUAGAGGUGUAUCAGACCAUCAUCAUCUACUAGAGCUGUAUCAGACCAUCAUCUACUAGAGCUGUAUCUGACCACCAUCUAUUAGAGCUGUAUCUGACCACCAUCUACUAGAGCUGUAUCUGACCAUCAUCUACUCGAGCUGUAUCAGACCAUCACCAUCUACUAGAGCUGUAUCAGACCACCAUCUACUAGAGCUGUAUCAGACCACCAUCUACUAGAGCUGUAUCAGACCACCAUCUACUAGAGCUGUAUCUGACCACCAUCUACUAGAGCUGUAUCAGACCACCAUCAUCUACUAGAGCUGUAUCAGAGCAUCAUCUACUAGAGCUGUAUCAGACCAUCAUCUAAAUCAAAUCAAAUCAAAUUUAUAUAUAUAGCCCUUCGUACAUCAGCUGAUAUCUCAAAGUGCUGUACAGAAACCCAGCCGAAAACCCCAAACAGCAAGCAAUGCAUGUGUAGAAGCACGGUGUUUAGGAAAAACUCUCUAGAAAGGCCAAAACCUAGGAAGAAACCUAGAGAGGAACCAGGCUAUGUGGGGUGGCCAGCCCUCCUCUGGCUGUGUUGGGUAGAGAUUAUAACAGAACAUGGCCAAGAUGUUCAAAUGUUCAUAAAUGACCAGCAUGGUCGAAUAAUAAUAAGGCAGAACUGUUGAAACUGGAGCAGCAGCACGGCCAGGUGGACUGCGGACAGCAAGGAGUCAUCAUGUCAGGUAGUCCUGGGGCAUGGUCCUAGGGCUCAGGUCCUCCGAGAGAGAGAAAGAAAGAGAAUUAGAGAGAGCAUAUGUGGGGUGGCCAGUCCUCUUCCGGCUGUGCCGGGUGGAGAUUAUAACAGAACAUGGCCAAGAUGUUCAAAUGUUCAUAAAUGACCAGCAUGGUCGAAUAAUAAUAAGGCAGAACAGAUCUACUAGAGCUGUAUCAGACCACCAUCAUCUACUAGAGCUGUAUCAGACCACCAUCAUCUACUAGAGCUGUAUCAGACCACCAUCAUCUACUAAAGCUGUAUCAGACCAUCAUCAUCUACUAGAGCUUUAUCAGACCAUCAUCAUAUACUAGAGCUGUAUCAAACCACAAUUAUCUACUGUUUUUAUAUUUUCUCCCUUUUUCUACCCUGACCCUGACCCUAACACUGACCCUGACCCUAACCCCAACCUCACCCUAACCUUAACACUGACCCUAACUCUAACCCUGACCCUUCUACUUUACCUCUGACUGAUUUUUUCAGCUGCAGUCCAAAUGUUGUUUUCUACAAGCAAGCAUCCAGGUUCCCUCUGAGCUGUGUAUAAAUGUGUGUGUGUGUGUGUGUGUGUGUGUGUGUGUGUGUGUGUGUGUGUGUGUGUGUGUGUGUGUGUGUGUGUGUGUGUGUGUGUGUGUGUGUGUGUGUGUGUGUGUGUGUGUGUGUGUGUGUGUGUGUGUGUGUGUGUGUGUGUGUGUGUGUGUGUGUGUUUGUGUGUGUAUCU